UAUCAUUACAGUUUCUAAAUUUUACCUUAAGCGCGUGUUUUUAAUCCGUUCGUUACAGAGAUGGAUGAGCUCAGUUGGGGCGUCGAACUUUGGGAUCAAGUAGAGAACCUUUUUAAACAUGAAAUUGAUCAGGUCGGGCUAACUGAGUCGUACUUCAAACUUUUCUCCGAUGUUCAAAAGUUACAGCAUGAAUUUGGAAAGAAACUAAGGAAAACGGUUUCUGUAUAUUUACCAAGGAAAAAACCCGAUGUUGACGAAUUAUCUUCCGUUCUGACAUAUUCAAGUAUCGUUCCACAGAUUCUUGAAAUCGGCGUAACACAUGAGGCUAGUUCCAAAAAACUUAAUGAAUCUGUUGUCAAUCCAUUGAAAACUCAAGUUGAAAAUGAGAAGAGAUCCUUGGAAAAACAGCGUUCUCAUUGGUCAAAGCUAAACGCGACCAUAGAACAGUCGCGUAAACAAUUGGAAUUAAGCUGGCAAAAGUAUGUAACCAAUUUCAAAGAAAAACAGAAAGCAUAUGAGGUCUCGGAAAGGGCUCAAAACGAUAUACAACUAGCGCGAGUCGAUCAACAGAAGUUUGAAGCUCUUUAUCAAAGUAAAGUUCAGUCUUUUGAUCAAGCUAGUAGGAAUUAUGUCGAUGAAUUAGCUAAAUACAAUAUAGCCAGUCGACGUCACUACAGCACCGAUAUAGUGACUUUUGUAGAUGAUAUGGAAAGUUCAAGUCGUAUGCGAAAUAAUCGUACUCGUGAACUUUUACUGAUGGUCACCCGUAUCAAUGAGGAAACAAUCUCCAAACUUGCUAGCUGCAACAAGUUAAUUUCUGAGGCGGUUUCUGCUCUUGAUUCCUCUUACGACUCAGCUAAGGUAAUAAAGAGGUUGCAUACAGAUGAACAACCUCCAGCUGAUUUACCAUUCCUUGAUUUGGAUAAAUGUCCUCCAGGUAUUUUGGAUGGUUCUGUCUCGGAACUGGGAGCUCUAAUACUUGGUGUUGAGUCGGCAGAAUGCACAAAUCAGUUAAAUAACUCAGGAAGUGCUAUUUCAGGAAGCGGUAUGAUGAGUGGACUCAUUCGGUCCACUCAUAAGAAUUCAAAAGAUGAAUAUCUUAGUUUACGCUCACCGUUUAUUUGCGGCAUUAGUAUAAAAAGUAUAAAAAAUACAGAUUUAACUAUCAGACAAGUUGCUGACCGGAUAAAAGUACUAAGGGAACUGGUUAUGAAGACUGAUAAUGAACUACGAAGUACCGAUCGUAUGAUUGAAUCCUGUCGGACAAAUCCUAAAUUCGGAGAUAUGGAAUGUUUAGUUCGAGCAGGUGCUACCUACAGCAGACGUUUAAAUUCUUUAAAGCAACACAUUAAAGAGCUUGAGGUAAAAUGCUUUCUGUAGAUGUGAAUAAGUUUUCUUUGUUAUAGAAAUAAUAUCAAAUAUUAGUUAUGACAAAUAUGCUAACCUGCAUUACUUUGCCUGCAAAUACAUGUAUGAAAAUACGUAGAACUGUAAAUGUGAAUAAUUAAGCAGAAGAAAAUUGUCAUACCUUGAAUAGAAGUUCACUCGAUCCUUAAUUAAUGAAAAAAAACAAAGCCGACUUAUUAAAGUUGUUAUUCAACACUUUUGCUCUCCAAUUCUCUUGGAAAUCAGUGUAUAUAUCAAUAUAUAAUAUUUAUCGGUAAAUAUUUGUUUGGAUUAUGGUUAAGCAAAUAUUAACCCACUAUUCGUCAUGACAAUUAAUUGAGUUUAUAUUUUGUUUAACUAAUACUAAUGUUACAAUCAAGUUUCAUUGUAGCGUAAGCCAUAAAAUUACACUUGGCACAGAUAAUGAGAAAUCAACUAGCAAACUAAGAGUUACUUUUUAUUUUUAAAACAUAAAAAUCUUGGUUAGUUAAAAUUGUAUGUUUCAUGCUUUGAACUGAUAUAUCAUACGAGAACAGUAAGACUAUUAAUAGAUGUAAACCGAUAGAUAAAUUGAUAAACCAGCUAAAAAAUUAUUAGUAUUUAGGCAAUUACUUGAUUUGCUCAUUUUGUUCGAAACCGUGACAGAAAAAUAUAAACAAAUAUAUUUCAACGGUAUAUCUAUCAAGUGAUCAGUUAUAAAUGACGUACGAUAUGGCACACAUGUGUAUCGGCACAAGGUGUCACAUCAGAAAGUGGUGACAAAAGAUCAUAAAAAUCCAAAUAAUAAUAAUAAGAUCCAUGAAAGUGAAAUAAGAACGCAUAUAGAGCAUUUCAUGUAUUUGAAAAUAGUGAGUUAAUUUGGGAACAAAAUUCAAUUAUAAACUAACAUUUAAACUUAAGAUCUGGAAAAAGAUAAAGAAUAAAUAUGAACUACUGUGAUUAACCUAAAGCUAUAUCUUCACCUGACGCGUCUAACCAUAGAUUACGAAAUACUUAUCUUGACUAUAAAGUCUGCAUCUUCAAGUAACUGAAAAACGUUGACGAAUACCACCUGAUACUGAGUAUUCAAGGGGUUCUUUAAUCGUUUAGACCAGUUUCUUAAAGCAUUCAAAUAUUUCAAUUGGAUUUAUUUCAUCCAAAUAAUUAUAAAUCCUAAGCAUACUUACGCGCUUUUAUAAAAAGAAGCCUACAACCUAUCACGAUGCUCACUAAAAGACUUAAAUGUAGACACCAUAUUUACUGGAAUAUUCUUCUCUUCGUUCCUCUUCUGAGGAAACUACCAGUCAAUUACACUAGAAUGCAUAAAUUUGAUAUGUGAUGCAUGAAAAUGGAUAGUUGUCUUAGCUGAACCGGUAGAAAGCUUUCUCCAUUAAACAUGAAUGACAGACACUGACUAUUUAAAAAUAAAAUGUUUUUGAAUAAUUACAGUUUGCAUGUUUGUUAAAGGGGAAUUUUUUUCUAAAUACUGGUUAAUUGACGCUGACUUUCUUACUGUUAUAAAAUUUAUAAUAUUGGAUGUACUGAACGCUGAUUUCAACCUUGUUAUUGUUGGUGACAGGGAGAAUCAAGUCACCUGAAUAUCUCUUAAACGUUUACAUGUGGGUAGUUGCAUGACUAAAUGGAUUAAAUCUUCAACUUUGAAGCCAAGCGAGUUUUUUCAGUUUUAGUGGUCUUGAGUGCUGUUAGAGGUAUGAGGGUAGUUAUCACUUCCCGGUUGCCCAAACUAUGGAAGUGUUCUAGAGGUACCUGAAAAGGAAAUGGGAUUAUAAUUGGCCUUAGUGACCUGAGAGCGUGAUCGCAGUGCCCAAGCGACAACUGCUUGAGGCCGGUCACACACAAUAUUUCUGCGGGUAAUUUUUUGUGUUAGCUUUGUACUCGUUGAAAUCUUAACACUGGAGGUAGAAAUCUGUAAGAUUAAGCUAUUUAUUGAUUUAUCAGUUCACAUCUUUAACACUUUAGUUAAGAAUUAUAUCAUACGAAAAUACUACUACUAAUUACUUGUUUCUUUAUACCUUUUAAUCUGAAUUACAAAUGUUGAGUUCUUUAAGUUUCUACCAUUAAUUAUUAUGAAACUAUCAUUAAUUUCCUCUUUACAAAAAUAAUCUAAUGAUUUUUAGGUGAAAUUCAACAAUCUAGGUGGUGAUCUAGCCUAUACAAAAGCUGAAUCAAUAGCUGAAAGGCUUAGUUCACGUGCUGUAAUCAAUAAUAACACAAAUACUUCUAAGAUUCGAUCUGUAAAUACUAAAUCGUAAGUUGGUCAAUCUAUUCAUUUAUUUCUUUUGUUCAUUUGUAUUUAACCAUUCUAGUUGUAAUUAUUUCAUACUAUAAUCUUCUAUUAAUCUUUUAUCAACUAGUUAACUUCUCUAGAAUAUGAUAAAUCCUGUUUGAUUGCUUAUUUUAAGGUGGUACUUUAAUCAGUUUAUUUCAUUUUCCAAUCUACACACUAACUGAGAGGUUUCAAGGUCAACACUUAUUUUUUAAUUUUAGUUUAGUUCCUUUUUUAAAAAAUAAGUAAAUAAAUUCUUAUUAAAGUACACAAAUAGUCUUGAACUUAUUAAGUAGGAAUUUAAAGAAAAAGAAUAGUUCUGUCUGUUUGUUGAACUUGUUGUUUGUUGGUAACAACUGAACAUAAAAUAUAAUGGAUACAAUUUAUUGUUAUAUUUAGUAACUGCAAUAGUGUAACAUGGUAAUUAAGUAAGAAAAAGUCACUCUGAAGUUUAAUACCUCAAGAAUGAAUUAGUUGUAUUCAACACACUGGUAUUGAUGUUUACCUAUCCAUAUAUAUAUCCAUAUAUAUCUACACCGCGUAACAUUAUAAUGAAAUAUAAUUACUUUACAAAGACAAGUGGGUAGGAAAAGUCUAAGUGGCAAUUUCUUUGUAAAUAUUAAAGCAAAAUCUUGAUAUAAUUGGUUUUCAUUAAAACGUGUACUGAUAGUUUGCUGAGUUACUUCGAUCCAUUGUUGUCGGUUGCCGUUGCACGAUUUUUAAUUCUCAUAACAUAUUUUUUUCGUUAUCUAACAAGCCUUUGCAUAUUGAGAUUAAGCAUCCACAUACUAGCAACUAAGUAGCUAUCAUCAAAUUGACCGUGUUAGUACAUUAUUAACAAUGUCAACAAAUCAAUAAGCUUUUUUUUAGGUUGUAUAUUGUUAUCUAUGUGAAAAUAUUGAUCCUACUUCUAUUGACUUCAUUUCCUGUUCACUUUUAAAUGUAUUAUUUUGUCUGAAUUCACAGCCUUGAUGAUGAUGAUGAUGAAAGUGAUAAUUCAUUUGAUUCGGAUCCUGACGAUGCUACGAAUAACAGUAAAGAUAAUAGUACUGUAAACAGCAGUUCGGAUCUACAUGCAGGGACUCGAUAUGUCGGCUAUGCUUCUGCUCUGUACGAAUAUGAAGGUGAUGGAACUACAUAUUUAGCAACAAAGCCUGGAGAACUGUAUUAUGUUUUAAAAGUAGAUUCAACUAAUUCUGGAUGGACAGCUGUAGUAUCUGAAGAUGGAACACGUCAAGGUUUUGUUCCAACUGGUUAUAUCAAUUUAACCCUAUAUUGAAUUAUCACCUUUAAUCAAUUAAGUUUUUUCAUUUCCAUCUUCCCCUAAUUUUACUGUUAAUAUGAAUGCUACAGCUCUUCUAGUUGAAUGAAUUAGUAUUUUCCUCUUUUCAUUAAUAUUGAAAAUAAUAUAUUGAUUUGUACAUUCACUCCACUGACUUAAUUCUUAACACUAUAAUCUUUAUUAUUUUCAAUUAUUAUCACUACUAUCAUGUAUGUCUACUCUUAUUCUCUGAUAGUUGACUUAAAGUCUACAAAAUUAGUUUAAUGAUUUGAAAUUUUCAUCUCUGUACACCAGUUACUUUUCAUAUAUAUUACAAUAAAUGUUAAAUGUACAAUACAUUAAUCAUUUAUAACACCUUGAACAUUUAACACACUAGUGCCUUUACUCAAGAUUCACUGCAACUGAUUGAUUGAUGAUAUGAUUGUAUUAUCUCAUUGUUUUUCUUUUUAAUAAUGUUUACAUUUAAAUAAAUGAGAUUCUAAAAAGGAAACCACCUUAUCGAGAACCUUCACUUUGGUUUUAUUUUACGAUGUCAUUCAAUAAAAGUCAACUCGUGUUAUUCAUUGAUUAAUCAUCUAGUCUUUAAUAUUUCCAAUAUAAUUUAUGUUCUAUUAUAAACUAAAUAUUACUGCUUAUUCAAUUUGUUCAUUCCUAUUAUUGCGUAAUCACUAAGUUUGUAUUCAUUUUUUUUCACUUAUGAAACAUGUUUAUGAUGAUGUUUCGAAAGAUUUGGUUCGCUUAAUAUGUAUUCCGUUUUCUAUUAUUUCCUUUUAUUCAAUAAAGAUAUACCCUAAUGCUUGUACAACAUACAUUUAUGAACAAUAAAAUGAUUUUAAGAACAGUUACGACACUCAACAAUUUAUUUGCUUCAUUGUCUAACGGCUGAACUUAUUUUCAAUGCAUCAUAUUUGCUAACCUCUGUUUGAUUUCCUUCUUUUUCUCAUUUUUUCGUCUGCUUUUUUCCUAACUAAUUUUAGCUGACGUAAUUUGGUAAAUUGUGUGGUUGUAUAUUUUAUGCAUUAAUUUUUCUACAUAUAGAGAGGAUAAUAUGUAUAUUGGUGUUUUAGUUAUGAUUGCUACUAACGCAUUUCUCGUUUGUUGAUUGAUAAGUCUCAUCGUAGCUUUCAAUUCAAAUUGUAGUGAUUUAAUGAAACAAAUGUGUUUACUCUAAGCUAGAUAUUUGAAUUACUCUUAGUACGAGAUUUAUACAAAUGGUUUUACCACGUUUUCUGUUCAUAUGACAGCUG